UAACUAUUUAUUUUCCAGAUUCUGUUGACAACUAAAAACAUUUUCGCAAUGGGUUUUUUUUAAUAAUUUCGCGUGCAAAACGGUGAUAUUAUUGAUUUUCUAUUGCAUUUAAUGCAUGAGCCGCGGCAGAGGCAACGAAUAGCACGCGGAAUUGCACACGAAGGUGUGGAAAAAGUUUUGUUUACCUUUUUUCGAUAUCCGAGAAUUCUGCUGCGUUCUGCUGCUGGUGUGUGUGUGUGUCUUCGGUGCCCCCGUGGGUGUGCGUGUGUGUGAGCUGGUGUGCAAAAAUGGAAAUGCAUCUCAAUAAAUGUGCCACAGCCAGAGGAUAGUGCAUUCUAAAAUUGUCGCAAAAGCUGCGCCACAUGGAAAAUGUGCCCGAUGUUUGUUCCAGCUUUUCGCAAUCUUCUUCUUCUACUUCCAGCCAGAAACUCCAAAGUCAAGUCAAUUCCAAAAAUGUUCUAAUCAGAUCACUGAGCAGCGGCAAGCUAAGCAAUGAAGUUGAUUCCAUCAAGACAGCAGCUAGAGACACCAAGACAACGACGACUCUGCGAGCGGCCAAGCUCAAGAUCGGGGCCAUGCAACAGCCACAGCAGAAGCAGCAACUCCAGCAGCAGCAGCAACAUCAGUCCGCCAGCAAUAUCAUUCUAUUGCGGGGAACACGCAACGAAAAUGGACAAAUUAUCAUCCAGAAUAAGCAGGAUAUACUUAGCCUGCUCAGCGAACAGCAGCAGCAGCAGCAGCAGCAACAACAGCAGGACAACAAAAACCACUCGUCCACGGCCAUUACGCUUAACCAACUGCCCACAACCACCACUGUGGCACGCAAAACAAUUGUCCAGAGUUCGAAUCCCGGCCAGAGCAGCACCUCGAACUCCAUUAGCAACGGUAGCGGCAGCAACUCUACCAUCUCCAUUGUGGCCAGCGGUAACAACAAGGAGGCCAGCAGCAGCAACACGAUCCUGUUGCAGACGCCCAUCAAUGCCAGCCAGCUGGAGAGCGUGUUGAAGGCCCAGGAGCGAUCCAAGCAGGCCAGCGGCACGCAAACCAAGCUGGCGGAGCGGCCUUUUAUGCUUAAACAUGCCACGCGGAGUCUCAGUUCCGAGAGCAAUGGCGACACCAAAUCCCCCUUUGUGCUGCAAACUCUGAAACGUCUGGAGAAAUCCCAAUCCAUACUGGUUAUUCGAAACUCGACCACAGCUUCAAGUAGCACUUCCAUGGCCACCUCGCCGCCGGCCAAUAGCUCCCAGCUCUCCACAGCGAGCAUCCUAAGCGUGACACGCACCACGAAGACGGCCAAGGGCGUACCCGGGUCGCUGCACAAGCUUAAAGCGGCGGCGGCAUCUGCGGUUGCUGCCACGCCAUCGUCAUCAGCGGGCACAACGAUUCUAAGGUUGGGCAAGAGUGUCACCACAUUGGCCAUCAACGGAGCUGGAGGCAACAAAGUCGAGGCAGCGGCCAGCACCACAGCCACAUCAGUAGGAGCGGCCACCACAACAUCAAAUAAAUUGUCCAGCGCGGUGACAACGGAGCAGCAGCAACAGCAACAACAGCAGGCGCCACAAUCGACAACAACGCAAACGAAUGUGCCACUUGGGAACGAUGGCGAACCCAUCAAGCUGCCCGACAAUUUGGAGAGCCUGCCAAGAGCCGACAGUUUUCCAUCACAGCGUCAUCGUUGGAAUACAAAUGAGGAAAUCGCAGCGAUUCUUAUCAGCUUUGAUAAACACGGCGAAUGGCAAUCCAAAGAAGUUCGAACCAGACCCAAGAGUGGAUCCUUAUUACUUUAUUCAAGGAAGAAGGUGCGCUACCGACGCGAUGGCUAUUGCUGGAAAAAGCGCAAGGAUGGCAAGACAACUCGAGAGGAUCACAUGAAACUAAAAGUCCAAGGAACGGAGUGCAUCUACGGCUGUUAUGUACACUCAGCCAUAUUGCCGACAUUUCAUCGCAGAUGUUACUGGCUGUUGCAGAAUCCUGACAUUGUUUUGGUGCACUAUCUGAAUGUCCCAUAUCCGGAUGAUAAUAAAAUGGCCGUAAUAGCUCCAAGCAUUACGCUCUGGGGCGACAAGAAGGAGUGGACCAAGGAGGAGCUAGUCAGUCAACUGAAACCAAUGCUUUCCACUGUUAAUUCAGAUGAUGAUUCCGAUUCAGGCAAUGAUAUAGAAAUAUCGACUGCCGAGACCGUGGAAUCCAUUGUCUGCCAGCUGAUGGAGAAGCAACGAUUGUCCCGACAGGCUGCUCUCGUGAAGCAACUGGACUGCGGCUGUGGGGAUGCUGGCUGUGCGGAUGGCAAGACCUGCUCACAUCCUGUGAUGCGGCGUUCCGGCGCCAUGCUCAAGUCCUCGGUCCAGGAGAAGCGUCUAGGCGAAGGCUUCAACGGCAAUGGUAAUGCACCCAACGUGGUGGUGGCCAGCAAGUUGUACUCCCGCUGGGCGGAGAGACCCCGGCAGCUGGUGGAGAAUCCCCAUGGACAGUUUCACAAUGCCACGCAACAGCUGGCACAGGAGUCGGCCAUCAAGUUCCAGAUCAUUCCGCCGCAACAGCAGCAGCAGCAGGAUGGAAGCUAUCAGCAGCAGUAUCGGGGAAACAGUCAGAUGUUGGCGGCCAGGAGCAAUCUGGUGAUGCAACAGCAGCAGCAGCAGCAACAAUACCAUCAGCAGCAACAGCAACACCUGAGCCUGCAGAGAUUCGUAGCCAGUCAGAGUCAGAGCUCCGUGCAUCUCAAUCAGCAGCACAGGCUACAAAUAGCCAAUACAACAAUUACGGCGACAGGACGAGAUCCUGCAGCAGCGGCGGCGGCAGCAGCAGUAGCCUCAAAUGUUAUGGACACUGAAGUAAUUGAAAACCAAAGCCACAUGACCGCAAACAAAAUCACAAACUCCAGCAGCAACAAUAACAGUAGCAGCAACAGCAACAGCAACAGCAAUGCCAGCAAGCAAUUAACAGCUCAAACAAACAACGAAUUAAAUGUCGUAAAUAAUAACGACCCCGGCAACAAUAACUUUAUGUACAAUCAACAGCAGCAACUCAAUGCUUCCAGCAGCAAUAGCAGCCAGCAGCAGCAGCAACAACAUUAUUAUAAAUUGCAACAGACAACAGUCACCCCAAGUAGUGGUCAGCCCCCGCCUCUCCAGCAGCAGCAACUACCCCAACCCCAGGUGGAGGCCAUGUGCAUGUCCCCCGAACAUCGCAGCAGCAGCAGCAACAGUCAGCCCCCAGCAGCAACGUCUUCCGCUGGCAAUAGCAAUUGCAAUGCCACCACCUCCCUUACAGUCUCCUCCACAUCCACUUCGGGCACUUCAUCCACUUCGAGUUCCUUACAAUCGAUUAUCGAUGGCAAUCAGCAGCAGCAGCAACAGCAACAGCAACAACUUACAACAACGACUUCGACGGCAGCAACUUGUGAUAAUUUAAUGAGCGCCAAUGCGCUCUCUGAGGAUGUGGGCAGCAGCAACAGCAGCAGCAGCAUCAUCUCCAGCCACAGCAACAUCAACAAUCAGGCCGCAGAUCCCCUGGCCCUCAACAGGAGUCAGACCCUGAACCAAAAUGGUUGUGCAACUUUCAGUGCUUCCAGUGAUAAUAGCAGCCAAAUUAGCGCCAGUGACGAGAGCAGCAGCUUCGGUGGCAACAAUCAGAACAUCAGCAAUAGCAACUGCAACAGCAACAGCAACAGUAGCAGCAGUGGCAGCGAGGAUGAACCCCAGCCGGAGACCCUGAGCUUCUUCAAUGAGACUUUGGAUUUGUCCCACGAGGACAUUCAGCGAACUUUGAUAGCCAAUAUGCCGGGCAACGCGGUGGGAGGAGAAGCAGUUGCAGCAGCAGCGUCAGUGGCAGUUGCAACCACUGUUGCCAAAGCCAAAAACAAUCACCAAGAAACCGAAACCAAAGCAGUCCUGAGAACUGAGUCGACGAACAAAGCCGAGGAAGAUGAGACGAACGAUGUGUUUGCCAAUCUGGAUGCUUUCGACAUGCUCGUGGAAUUUCCCGAACUCGACUUGGAUGACAAGCAGGCUCUGAACAACACGGCCCUGGAGCAGGGCUCUUAUUUGGGAGAGGCGACGCCGUCCCAGCAACACCAUCAUCCGCACCAGCAGCCUCGCAAGGCGCUCACCAUUUGCGACUUUAGUCCGGAAUGGUCGUACACAGAGGGCGGCGUAAAGGUCCUUGUGGCAGGUCCCUGGUCUAGUAGUCAUGGCGCUGCUUACACAGUGCUCUUUGAUGCCCAACCAGUGCCCACGCAACUGGUCCAAGAGGGAGUCCUGCGUUGCUAUUGUCCUGCCCACGAGGCGGGCUUUGUGACGCUCCAAGUAGCCUGCGGGGGAUUCCUAGUCUCUAAUUCGGUGAUGUUCGAGUAUAAGCUUUCCCUGCUGGCGGAUGCUCCCUUCGAUGCCAGCAGCUCCAAUGAUUGUCUCUAUAAGUUUACUCUCCUGAACCGCCUGUCCACCAUUGACGAGAAGCUGCAGGUCAAGACCGAGCAGGACCUAACAACCGAUCACACUGCUCUGUAUCUGGAGCCGAACUUCGAGGAGAAACUGGUGGCCUAUUGCCACAAACUGACCAAACACGCCUGGAGCCUGCCCAGCACUGGGGCAUCUUGGUCGGUGGGCCUGCGUGGCAUGAGUCUCCUGCACCUGGCCGCCGCCUUGGGCUACGCCAAACUGGUGGGAGCCAUGCUCAAUUGGCGGGCGGAGAAUCCACAUAUCAUUUUGGAAACCGAACUAGACGCCCUCAGCCAGGAUGUCUACGGCUUCACACCCCUGGCCUGGGCCUGUGUCCGAGGGCAUGUGGAGUGCUCUCUGCUGCUCUACAAAUGGAACCACAACGCUCUGAAGAUCAAGACCCAGUCCCAGCAGACGCCUUUGGAUUUGGCCAGUAUGCGGGGUCACAAACACCUGCUGGCCCAGAUGUAUCGUCUGGAGAAGGAACGCUGUCGCAAGACACCACUUCGAGGUGGUUUGGCAAACCUCUCCAUGAACAUGGGUGUGGAAACUGAAGGGGUGACGGUGGAGGAGCAACCUCCCUCCAGUUUCAGUAGCUUUGAUUUGGAACUGCAGCGAAAACAUGAUGGAGUUUUCCUAAGACCUGUAGCUGUUCAUAGCAACCAGAGUCCUCCCAACAAUAGCAGUCGCUACUCCAAGCGCUCCUCGAUUGACAGUGGAAUCAAUAUGGAUAUACGCACCAAGUCGGGAAAACCUUUAGCCAGAUUGCAUAGCAACUUUGAAAGCCAUGACACAUAUGCCCUGGGCGUGGACUCACCUCUAGACUCGCUAACUGGGACCAACUGCCUCCUGUCGCCGCUCCGCAAAAUGGACUUUGCUCUCUGCGAGGUAUCCACGGGCGAAUCGAGUCCCGUGCACGACAAAGACAUCGAUUGCGAUGACAACUCGACGAGCGCCACCGAUGUGACCAUUGGCAAUGAUUUGGUCCUGCCCGAUGCCGUUGUAGGGGAUUCGGAUGCCAAAGUUUUGACUUUAGCUGAGCAUAUAAUAGCAGCCAUGCCAGAGCACAUUAAGAACGAAGCCGAUGAAAUGAUGGUCCUGGGCAGUCCUUUGACAGAACCUCUGACUUCCGAGUCUUCGGCUUUGACGGACAGCUUUAUGGAUCCUUUGCUGGACUCCUUGCCCAAUACCCAUUUCGACAGCGACUUUAGCUUCGACUUCCAUGACCAUAGCUAUCGUUAUCACGACGUCAGCACACCCUGUUCCAGCCUGAGUCCGGCUAGCUCUGGACCUCUGCAGUCGCCGGCCAGUUACUCCAUUCUGGGCACUGACCCCUCAGUUAGCUCUCCCAGUCCGCCGCCUUCCACCAAGCAACUAACGGAGUUCCUCCACGCCUCCAGCAUCUCGCAGUACCCCUUCGAGGCGGAUUUCUCCAAGCUUACGCUAACGGACACAGAGCAGCGGGAGCUGUACGAGGCGGCCAAGUGCAUCCAAAAGGCGUACCGCUCGUACAAGGGUCGCCAGAAGCUCGAGGAGCAGAACAAGGAGCGCACAGCCGCCAUUGUGAUCCAGAACUACUACAGGCGGUACAAGCAGUACGCCUACUAUCGCCAAAUGACCAACGCCGCCCUGGUCAUCCAGCACGGCUACCGCUCCUAUCGUCGGAACAAGCGCUUCAAGAAGAGCAGCCAGGGAUUGGGCAUGGGCGAGGGCAGUGACCAUGGCAGUGUGAGCAGCAACUCGCAGUGCCUGUCCAGCUUUUACGAUCACUACAAGCAGGAUCAGCAGCAACAGCACGAGAUGGGCUCCCAGCCCAGCACGCCCAAGGAAACGAGUCCUUCGGGUCCUUUGAAGCGAACCUAUUCACAGUCUACCCAGAAUCAAGCUGCCAGAAAAAUCCAACAGUUCAUGAGACAAUCACGCAUCAAACUGCAGAAAGAACGAGCCGAAAAAGAGAAGCUGGUGCACCAACGCAGGGCGGAAUACCUUCAAAACUUGCAGUUUCAAGGGCAACAGGAAAUGUUGGUUUGCCAAGAAAAUAGCAUUACUGCUCCGGGCAGCGGCAAUACCAAUGCAAACACCAUCAACAAUCUACACCAAAUGCAAUCCAAUCAGUGAGGGUCAACUGAGUGAACUUUUAACAUAGGAACGAGCUGCACUGUUCCAUAAGAAUUUAUAAAUAGCUUUAAACAACCGAGUGAAACUUUCUACUUUCGUAUUUGUUCCGCUUUGGAAAAAACAAUCCCCAGCACCUCCGUAGUGAAACUUUGUUUCAAAAAACUCUCUAAAAAAAACACACACACGUACACAUACUAAGUAUAUAAUGAAUUUUUUAGUAGUUACUACCUGCACUUUCGAUUCAUUUUCCUAACGAAUUUUACAAAAACUAUGGAUAGAAAUACAAAAAAAACAACACACACUGUUUUCGAACAUAUGUAGCUUAGGUUAGUGGAUUUUUGAAUAAGGUACUACUUAAAACCUAAUCUUAACUGAAGAUCAGACUCCAGGGAGAGAACACAAUUUUUCCAUUUGUCAACUCGAAAGAACUUAUUACUGAAGCCUUCGCAAAAAAAAAGAACUUUUUAACUCCAAUUGUAGUGAAAAAAUGUAGCCUGCAAUAUAUACAUAUUAUAUAUAUAUAUGUAUAUAUAAAAUUUAAACCAAUAUUAAGCAUGUGUAUGCCUCUAUAUAGUUACAUUUGUAUAUAAAUAUUGCCUAACUCGAUGAUAACUAACUAAAUUCUAGUCUAUUUUAACGUAUUAGCCCAAGCUCUGCGAUGCGACUAAGCUUGUCUUUAAAGUAAAUGACGAAAAGUAACAAAAGCGGAAAAAAAGAAACACCCUAAAAGCAUUAUCCUAAAUCCUAAUCCUAAAUAGUUGCUAACUGCUCUGUAACUAGGUUUAAGCUAUAAGACUCCACUUAAAGUCCAAAAUGUUGUUGUUGAUUUCUAAAAUCAGAUUCGUGGGGAGUGCGCAGCAGCUACCAAUCUAAAAGCAUACAUAUAUAUCAUGUUUCAAACAAAGAAAACUCUAUUCUAAUUUCCCUAAUGCAAGUACUUAAUGCUAUUUAUGUAUACUAAGUGUAACCUUAUCUGACGACUACCUAGUGUAAGCCUAGCUAAAGCGAUAGAAGAAAUCAAAAGAAGCCUUUUCACGUUCUUUGGGAGAAUAACAAAGAUCAAUAAACCAGAAACCAUAACAAAACUUGCCAAGAUCUGCUUUGGAAUUCUGUCAGCAUUUUUCCAAAUAUUCUGAUCUUAACUGCUUGAAGACACAGCCAAAACAUGAGAGAAAAGUUUUUAAACUAAAUGUAACAAUAAAUGAAUUUUUGUAAAUUAUUUUUGUCCGUCCACAUUGUUAGCUUUCAUAACAUACCAACAAGAACAUAUAUACUUACAAAAAGAGAAUGCAAUAAAUAUAUAAUAUAUAGAAAGAGCCGAUACUGAUAACUGAUACUGAUAGAAAUCCAUUUUUAAAGAAGCGUUCAAGUUCGAAUUAGCAAACUACACAGAUGACCGAGUUGGACUACGCAUGUACAUACACCAAAUCGAACACUUACCUCCAGCAGGCCCUAACAAGUAUAAUAUUUAAUAAAAAAAAAAAAUAAGAAAAACAACCACAACCAAACAAAAACUCACAAAAAAAAUCCCAAGUGCAAAGUUCAAGUGCGAGUGUGUGAAAACUGCGAAUUGCUGCGGAAGUUCGAUGUGCAAAUGGGCUGUGAGUUGAUUUUUACUCGACGAGUGUUUGCCGCAAUGAGAAUCGCAGUAUCGCAGCUGUUGAGGAUGGUGAUGGGUGAGAUUUAGGAUCUAUCACAUUGUUAACUAUUUAACUACGAACUAUUAUACUUAAUUCGCACUAUUAUUACUCUACGAAACUACUUUGAUUGCAUUUUGCUCUUAACUUAACUAUAUGUAUGUAUAAAUCUGAUCAACUGAUUCGAAAUGAAGACUUAAUACGAACUCACUACUCAACUGACUUAAUGAAUUGCAAUCAAUUUUGUUAGAAAACGAAAUUAAUAAUAACUGUUUAGGCAGGGUCUUAGCCGAGAACUAAAUCCAAUUAAAUGCAAUAUUUGCACUUAUCAAACACAAACACACCAGACACUCUGGCUCGCCAGACCAAACACACACACACUCACACCAUUUGUAAACCUCAAUAUGUAGAAGCAAACCUGAGUGUGUUUUGAAGAGUAAAUAAAAUAUAAAAAAAAGUCUUUUUAGAUAGUGGGGAGGCCAGAAGGCAAUGAAAACUUAAGUACCUUAAGCCAAUUGGCACUAAAACUAAACUUAAAUCUAAACAAAAAUUAUAUAAAUAUAUACCAAGCAGUAACAACAAAAACAACUAAAACUAUUAAAGUAUCAAUAUCGAAUGCUAUAUAGUAGGGCAUUUACCCCGGGCCUAGUUUUGUUCGAACGGUCUUUUCUUUUCUGAACCGAACCUAAAAUCUAACACCAAAAUUGUUGAUAUCUAACUUUACGAUGAAACUUUAUACGACACACAAUCUAAUGUAGCUAAAAAUAAUUGGAUAUUUGGUACUCACAUAUCUGUUAGAUAAUUUACACCUAUGUAUCUUCGUCCUAAUCAAAACUUCUAAAGUGCGGCGCAUGUACCGAGCAAACUAUUCUUAUAUUCUUAUUCCUCGAAUUCAACUAGCUAACCAAUCAAUUAACUAUGUAUUUCCCAACAAAUCCAAACUGGUAUCUGGAUGGUUUGUUUUCCGAAAUUUCAGCUUAGUAGACGAGCAAAUAGGAAUGGAUAUGAAUAAAAAAAAACUGUUAACUAAACGUUUAAGCCAAGAAUAACUAGAGUGUAAUCUUUUUAAACAUUAUACCUUACUUGUAUGAGAUACUUAGCAUGAACUAUACACACCUACAUAUAUCCGCAACUAAAAAAGUGUUAAAAAAAUAACAAAAUAAAUCGUAUUAUAUAUGUACAGACACAGAUACACUCACACAUAAACACAAAGAGGGAAUAGAAUAUAUAUAUAUAUAUUGUAAAACGACUUUCCAGUUUCUGUAAAAUUGUAAUUAAAUCCAAUAAAGUUUAAUUCAACACUUUAA